GAGCGAGGGCUCUGGCUAGCCGAGUCAGGAAGCCCCACCCGACCCUGCGGGCAGCCAGCUAAUGGCCGGUUCGAAAAGUGACCCUGUUUCGGCGUUGCUAGGAGACCCGGCUCCCGCGCGCCCCCCAACGGCCAGCGCCUGGGCGUCGCGCGGGAAGGGGGCGGGGCCUCGGCUGGCGCGGGCAGUAGCCGGCAGAGCACCGUUGGGGCGGCCUUUCGCGAGGCGCCCACCGGCGCCUCUGGAAGCGGCGUGUGGUCCCCUGCCACCGUCCAGGCUUUGCUGACACCCUGGGACAGGUGUCAGCGUACUUCCCAAACGGCUGAGACACAGAGUUAGGACGAGGGAAGGACGGUUAGUCAGGUGAGCUGUAGCGGAGUGAUUGGCCGGGUGGCCACGCCCUAGCGGGGGAAGAGCUGGCCCGUUGCCGAGGAGUGAGGUGAAGGGAUGCCGCUGCAGGGAGGGAGGGCCUGCCCUUGCGGGGGCCGCAGGUCAUAUCGUUUGUGCCACAGGGGUUGGCGCGACCAUAACGAGCACCCUCCGCCAGCCGAGAAAGAGUUAAGGCGCCGGCGGUGACUGCGGGCCCCGGAUGUGAGGACCGUGGCGCAACGUCUGUGGGCCGCGCUGCAGCAACUGCUAGAGCUGCGUGGAGAUCUAAGCCRGACGGACGUGGGGUGCGUUCCCCCCGCAUAGAAACGCCUGCCAAUGGUUUCUCGUUUGGACCCAGACUCCGAUUCCGGAGCAGUCUUGUAGCUGCAUCGCCAAAGAGAUUCCAAAGCAGAAAGAAGAAAACAUUACAAUUUGGGACACUUAUUUGCAACUGGAAAUGGGGAAUGGACUGUCAGAUCAGACUUCUAUCCUGUCCAGCCUCCCUUCAUUUCAGUCCUUCCACAUUGUUAUACUGGGUUUGGACUGUGCUGGAAAGACAACUGUUUUAUACAGGCUGCAGUUCAAUGAAUUUGUAAAUACUGUACCUACCAAAGGAUUUAACACUGAGAAAAUUAAGGUAACCUUGGGAAAUUCUAAAACAGUCACUUUUCACUUUUGGGAUGUAGGUGGUCAGGAGAAAUUAAGGCCACUGUGGAAGUCAUAUACCAGAUGCACAGAUGGCAUUGUGUUUGUUGUGGACUCUGUUGAUGUUGAAAGAAUGGAAGAAGCCAAAACAGAACUUCAUAAAAUAACUAGGAUAUCAGAAAAUCAAGGAGUCCCUGUACUUAUAGUUGCUAACAAACAAGACCUGAGGAACUCACUGUCUCUCACAGAAAUUGAAAAAUUGUUAGCAAUGGGUGAACUGAGCUCAUCAACACCUUGGCAUUUGCAGCCUACCUGUGCAAUCAUAGGAGAUGGACUAAAGGAAGGACUUGAGAAACUACACGAUAUGAUAAUUAAAAGAAGAAAAAUGUUGCGGCAACAGAAAAAGAAAAGAUGAAUAACAAUACCUUUUAUAUCUGUGUGGAAUAGGUUUUCUCUGGUCUGAUUUUGACAAAUGGAAGAGUGUCUACAGCCUGGUUUGCGUGUCUGCUUUCCUGGAUGCAAUUAAAGCUUUGUUUUGUUGAACAAUCAGAUGCCCAAUUUAUUUGCCUUUUGGAAGAUGAGUAAAUGCAGUGCUUCUUAAAGUGGUUUCCUCUCCCUACACCAUAAAUCUAUCGGUACUACCAUUUUGGGAAGCCAAGCAAGGAUAGUAAAUUGACCAGAAAAUAGUUGUGGAAGUUUGACCUGAAGUUAGUAAAAUAAAACUCUGAAGAGUG